UGUGGCUUACAUCUCAUUUUCUUAUGCAGGGUUCUCCCUAGCUCAGAGAACAAAACUAAGUCACUGAGAAGUGACAGGAUGGCCACCAGGGAUUUGGUAGCUGGAAUGAUGAUUUUAACACAGACUACAGUUGGAGUCUUGGGGAAUUUCUCUCUGCUUUACCAUUAUGGUUUCCUUUAUUUCACUGGUUACAGGCUGAGGCCCACAGAUUUGAUUAUCAACAACCUGAUUGUUGCCAAUUUCUUAGUUCUGUUCUCUAAUGGAAUCGUCUUUACAUUGACAUAUUUUAUGUUGUAUAACCGUCUCAGUGAUUUUGGAUGCAAAUUUUUUCACUAUUUUUGUGCAGUGGCCAGGGGUGUGUCUAUUGGCACCACCUGCCUCUUGAGCAUCUUUCAGGCCAUCACCAUCAGCCCCAUGAACUCCAGGUGGGCAGAGUUUAAACAUAAGGCUCCAAAGUAUAGUGUCCCCGCAAUUUUUCUGUAUUGGAUCCUGCAAAUGUUGGUAAAUGUUACUUAUUUAAUGUUUAUGUCUAGCAAUUUAAGCAACAAAAACAUCACACACAGAAAAGGUUUUGGACACUGUUCUGCUGUUCGUCAUGACAAACUCUCAGAUUCAUUGUAUGCAGCAUUGACAGUGUCUUCUGAUGUUGUAUGUUCCAUGCUCAUGCUCUGGGCCAACAGCUUCAUGGUCGUCAUUCUGUACAGACACAAGCAGAGGGUCCGACACAUUCCCCGGGCCCACAUCACCUCCCAGUCAUCCCCUGGGUCCAGAGCUACCAAAACCAUCAUUCUCCUAGUGAGCACCUUUAUCUUUUUUAACAUUCUCACCUGCAUCUUUCAUAUUAUUUUAGCUACUUUUAAUAAUCCCAGCAGGAUUAUUUGCAUUUUCAAUUCAGUGGUUUCUCUGUGUUUCCCAGCUGUCAGUCCCUUCCUGCUCAUGAGCCAUGUCUCCAGACUCAGGUUUGCCUGGAUAAGGAAUACAAAAUCCAUUAUACUUAUGAGAAAUAUGUAAAUUAUAGGAAUGUGCACAGUGUUCAUUUAGUAACUCCCUCAUCCUUUUCAGAGUUUUGAGUACCUUUAUGAGUGUCUUACCAGGGAACAGCACAAGGGACAUGGUGACCAUCUUCACUGGGAACAAUAAUUCCUACAAAUGUAAUUACGUAGAAUAUUCUUGUAACAUAAAUACUUAUGUGGUUGAAGUGUGUCUAGUGCUUGCCAUGGAGGAGUUCAGAAUUUAUAAUAAACACCAGGUCCUAAAGUAAUCUGGACUCCUGAAGUGUAAACUUUAGUUCAUCCCAGUACAUUUCUAGAAAUGAGCAAGAAAUGGAAUUGUAAUGAAAGGUACAUAAAUGGAAAUGUGCCUGUCACAGGUCACUCCUGAAGAUGAAGCCAUUGGUGCUGGAGGAAACUGAAGUCCAUGAGGAUAGUUUGUGGGAGCCAGUUAUGAUCUUGCAUAUGAUACCCCUGGAGAGGGGGUGGUCGUUUAUCAGAAAUAUGAUAAUAGAAGUGAUGAGCUUGUUAAUAAUUUGUGGCACAAAGGCUAGACUAACCAGAGUAGAGCAAAGAACAUAACAAUUACAUUUUAGCUGAUUUUAACAACAUGAGGUGAAUG